UAAGAGACUUUUAAGACGAAGUCAUGUGCUUUCAGUUGUUUUUGUUUGGAAGUAUCGGUUAAAUGGCAUCCAGCUAACUCGGUCUGACACUUUUUUUGGAAGCUAUAAAAGCGACAAGAUAAGUAAAAGCUCAAAUUAAAACAUUAAAAAGUGUCUAUUCAGCAGUAUUGACAGAUGUUGACAUCGUGCCUUUUACCACCGGGAAUAAAAAUAAAUAAAUAAGUCACGUCUUGACAAAGACCGUCCAAAGCCUCCAAUACUUGUAUACAAUUAAACUGAAAAUACAAUACAACAAACUACGUAAGAUACUUUUUUUGGGGGGUUUGUUGCUGUUUUGUACAUUUUUCCGGUGAACUUUUCCUCAUAUUAAACAACAACCAUCUCACCGAGCAACCUCAACCACGGAGAAACGCCACCAGAUGCGGCUCGAAAGCUUCAGAACUAAACUCCUGCGGCUCCAGCGGAGGAAGAGAGUUCUUCACCGGGUUGUUUUGGUUUCCGAGGGGGGGAAGGCGAGGUGUUUUUGGGGUUUGAUUUUCUCCCGUGGUGUCUGUGUGGAGCCUGCCACACACCCGCUCCACAACAACGACGGCUUUUGCCUGCAUCCUCCAGUGCUUCUUCUGUCAGCAAGUCCAGCGGAGCUGCAACUCGUCCGGCGCCGGCCCGGACACCAGCGAGGAGCCCCCGCCCCACUGACAUGGUGAAGAUGACCAAGUCGAAGACCUUCCAGGCUUACCUGCCCAGCUGCCACCGCACCUACAGCUGCAUCCACUGCCGGGCGCACCUGGCCAACCACGACGAGCUCAUCUCAAAGUCAUUUCAAGGCAGUCAAGGAAGAGCCUAUCUGUUUAACUCUGUGGUGAAUGUCGGCUGCGGGCCAGCCGAGGAGCGGGUUCUCCUCACAGGUUUACACGCCGUGGCUGAUAUCUACUGUGAAAACUGUAAAACCACGCUGGGCUGGAAAUAUGAACACGCGUUUGAGAGCAGUCAAAAGUACAAAGAGGGAAAGUUUAUCAUCGAGCUGGCUCACAUGAUCAAGGACAACGGAUGGGAGUGACGCUCCUCUUUUCCUUUUCUGACCUUGGAAUGCUCUUUAUUGAACUGCGUGGAGCGACGGCCAUCGACCUCCACCCCCACACCACACCUCCACCCUCUCGCCUCCUUCACGUGCACACCCGCCCAUCGUGAAACGGAAUUGGAAAAAAAUGACACGAAAGAAGAAGAAGAAGAAGAAAGAAAAAAGAAAACCGACGACAAGGAAGCGGCGCAACUGUCACAGGAGUCCUGUCGUUACCGUAGAGAUUGUGUGUUCUCCUUCGCAGCGCCGGAGCUUUUGGGUUUGACCCUCACCCCCCCUCACCCCCCCCCUCACCCGAACCACGCUAGCAAGUGAUUGUGGUGACACGGCGACCACUAUGCGAAAAAAGGAGGAGAGACUUCACCAACAGGCCAUGUCUUUCUUUAUUUCGGAUGACGGACUAUUUUUUUUUUAUGUUAUUUGCUUUAGUUUUAACUUCUGGGUUUGGUAAGGUUUUGAUGGCAGAUGAUGUUACUGGUUAGCAUUUUAUUCACCCUGUCAAGUCUUUUCUUUAUCUCUCGUUGUUAUGUUGUUGUUAUUGUUGUUGUUGUAUCUCUGCCGAUAGCUGAGCAUGCUUUUUCUUUGCUAAUGUCCAAAUAAGCAAUCAGGGACAAGGGGAAAGGGAGUUUUAAUGUAGUUACAAAUAUGUAGCAGCGUCAUGCUUUUUAAAAACAAAACAAAAAAAAGUGGGCAAAGGAUGGGAUUGUAGUCGUGUAGGAUUUUAUUCCUGAUAUAUAUGUUUUAUCUGUUUUUCCUUUUCUUUCUUGUGAAUUUUCUUAACCCCCCCCCCCCCCCCCCAAACCCCCCCUUCUGGUACCUUUUUAGCACCCAAAAAGCAUCGAAAGCAGCACCUACUAUUUGUUGGACAUGAAUGGAUAUACAUAUAUAUAUAUAUAUAUAUAUAUAUAUAUAUAUAUAUAUAUAUAUAUACACAUAAUUACUUGUAGUAUUUGGCUAAGUGCCAUUGUGGCUGGUCCCAUUGUGCAGCCAGUGGAAAAAAUACCUGAAAAGGAGUAGAACUAGUUUCUAGACCGGGGAACCUGACAUGUGACCCCGUGUCAUAAAGCAUUAAGGCAGUCUGUAUUAUUCAAUUGUCUAAUCAUGAAACAAGACACACAACGGCAUAUGAAUAUAUAUAUAUAUAUAUAUAUAUAUAUAUAUAUAUAUAUAUAUAUAUAUAUAUAUAUACACACACACACAUACUUCCAUUGCAUAUCCAUAAAUACUAUGAAAAUGUUCGUAGUACUUAUUGGAACAUCUGUAUUUGCUGUCAUUCACAUAUGUAUAUAUGCAUAUGACUGUGUGUAUAUAUACAUUGUGUGUGUGUGUGUGUGUGUGUCUUGAACGACGCUACUUCGAGGCCUUUGGUUCAUCUCAGUUUAGAGGCAAACAACUUCGUUGGCUCUCGUCUCGUCUUUUCUUUAAAAUGGCCUUCUCACAGACGGACGACAAGAUUGUUGGAAAGGAAAGUUGACCGGCGCAGUUCGAGGGUUCUACGUCGUUUCCGUUAAGGACCGUAGUCAAAUUCCUCUUCUAGAUGAUUUUAGUUUUAUUCAAAUUAUAUAUAUAUAUAUAUAUCGACGACUUCUUUGCUGCUAGCGUAGAAACCCGCCAUUUCCUUCCCGCUCCCGUAGGUCUUUUGCACUUUAUAUGCCUGUCUCUCUCUCUCUCUGUCUCUGUCUCUCUCUCUCUCUCUCUCUCUCUCUCUCUCUCUCUCUCUCUGUCUCUCUCUCUCUGUCUCUCUCUCUGU